AUGGCAGAGAAGGACACUGUAGAGAAGUUCCUUGACAACAACCCACAGUUUGCUAAGGAGUACUACGACAAGAAAGUCAAGGCAGAUGUGAUCACUGCUGCCUUCAACAACCAGGUCCAGGUCAAAGACCCAGCUUCUUACAAGGAUGUCAGCACCAUCCAGGAGGCUGAGUUCAUAUUUGAGCUCAUAAAGGAGAUGCAGGGCACCAACCCGAUGGAAAAGGCCCUGCAUACAAUUCUCCAAAGGAUUGCUCUGCUGAUCCAGGCCGAUCGCUGCAGCUACUGGGGCUACAGGGCUCGUAACGGAGCACCUGAGCUUACCUCGAUCCUCUUCGAUGUGUCACACAAUUCUCCCUUUGACAGGAACAUAGUGAAUCCCAACGUGGAGAUUGUUUUUCCCACCGACAUGGGGAUUGUUGGAUGGACGGCACACACCAAGAAGCCUCAGAUUGUUGCUGAUGUUAAGAAGAACAAUCAUUUCAGUGACUUUGUGGAUAAACAGACCAAAUAUACCACCAAAUGCAUGGUUGUGGCUCCUCUAAUGUGUGAUAAGGAACCCAUCGGUGUUGUAAUGGCACUAAACAAACAAGGUGCUGAUGAAUUUUCAAAGGGUGAUCAGGAGCUCUUCACUAAAUAUGUGAACUUUGCUAAUGUGGUCGCUCUCCAAGCACACACUUCUUUCAUGUGGGAUGUAGAGUCCAGGAGAAGCCAGGUGUUGCUGUGGUCAGCCAGCAAAGUCUUUGAAGAGUUGACGGAUAUUGAGAGGCAGUUUCACAAAGCCUUGUACACAGUGAGGACAUUUAUCAAGUGUGAGAGAUACUCUGUGGGACUCCUUGACAUGACCAAAGAAAAGGAAUUCUUCGAUGAGUGGCAAGUCAAACUGGGAGAUGUGGAGCCAUACAAAGGCCCCAAGACACCUGAUGGCAGAGAAAUCAACUUCUACAAGAUUAUUGACUACUUGCUUGAAGACAAAGAAGAGAUUAAAGUUAUUCCCGGCCCUCCUGCCGACCACUGGGCUCUGGUCAGCGGACUCCCAGCAUAUGUGGCUGAGAAUGGAUUUAUCUGCAACAUGAUGAAUGCUGCAGCAGAUGACUACUUCAAAUUUCAGAGAGAAGCGGUGGAUGAGACUGGGUGGAAGAUCAAGAAUGUCCUCUCCCUCCCCAUCGUCAACAAAAAGGAAGAAAUUGUUGGUGUUGCCACUUUCUUCAACAGAAAAGACGGCAAACCAUUUGACGAGAAUGAUGAACAAAUUACAGAAGCUCUCACCCAGUUCCUCGGCUGGUCGACCCUGAACAGUGACACGUACGACAAACUGAACAGGACAGAGUGGAGGAAAGAUAUUGCCCAGGAAAUGCUCAUGUACCAGACAACCGCCACACUAAAUGACGUGCAGGAUAUUCUGAACACUCAAGACAAGUUUGGCUCUGCACCAGAGGACUGUGACCAGAAGGAGAUGUACAAACUGUUGAGAGCCAACAUCCCCGACGCCAAGAAGGUGGAGCUUCAUGAGUUCCGCUUCAGUGACUUCCCCUUGUCAGAGCUGGAACUCAUCAAGUGUGGCAUCCGCUGCUUCUUUGAGCUCGGAGUGGUGGAGAAGUUCAAAGUCCCAGCUGAGAUCCUGACACGAUGGAUGUUCACUGUCCGCAGGGGAUACCGUGACAUCACCUACCACAACUGGAGGCACGGCUUCAACGUUGGACAGACCAUGUUCACCCUGCUGCUAACAGGUAAACUGAAGAAGUAUUACUCCGAUCUCGAGGCCUUUGCCAUGGUUGCUGCCGGAUUCUGCCAUGAUAUUGACCACAGAGGAACCAACAAUCUCUACCAGACAAAGAGUUUAUCCCCACUGGCAAAACUGCACAGCUCCUCAAUUAUGGAGCGGCAUCACCUUGAGUACAGUAAGACACUGAUGGAGAAUGAGAACCUGAAUAUCUUCCAAAACCUUCAAAAGCGUCAGUUUGAGACGGUGCAGCAUCUGUUCGAAGUUUGCAUUAUUGCCACUGAUCUCGCCCUCUAUUUCAAGAAGAGAACGCUGUUCCAAAACAUUGUUGGAGCUAUGGAGGGGAUUCCAGAUGAGAAAGACAAGAUCAACUACGUCUCCAACAAUCCAACCAGGAAGGAAAUCAUCAUGGCAAUGAUGAUGACGGCUUGCGACCUGUCAGCCAUUACAAAGCCAUGGGAAGUUCAGAGCAAGGUCGCUCUAAUGGUGGCUGCAGAAUUUUGGGAGCAGGGAGACCUUGAAAGGACAGUCCUUGACCAGCAGCCUAUUCCAAUGAUGGACAGAAAUCAUGCUGAUGAGCUGCCUAAGAUGCAGUGUGGUUUCAUUGACUUUGUCUGCUCUUUUGUGUACAAGGAGUUUUCUCGAUUCCAUGUAGAGAUCACUCCCAUGUUCGAUGGCCUGACUAUCAACAGGGCCGAGUGGAGAGCUCGCGCAGAUGUCCACGAGGCCAAGUUGAAGGCUAUCGAAGACGAGAAGAAAAAGCUGGAAGGUGGAAAUGAACAAGAUGGUGGGAAGUCAAAGACGUGCGUCGUCAGUUAG